AUGCCAACCACUAGCACGAAGAAGUCGCGCAAAAAGAAGCGCGUGCCCUCGGCCCCCUCUCCCCUCACCUACCCCCAACACGCUGCACCGCGCCACAGCCCUGCGCCCAACCACACCGUCAUGCGCUCUAGCUCCAAAAAAGACCGCAUAUGGAACACGUCGACCCAGGAGGAGCGCGAGCGCAUACGCGAGUUCUGGCUGUCUCUCGGCGAAGACGAGCGCAAGUCGCUGGUCAAGAUUGAAAAGGAGGCCGUCUUGCGCAAGAUGAAGGAGCAGCAGAAGCAUUCGUGCAGCUGCACCGUGUGUGGGAGGAAGCGCACCGCCAUCGAGGAGGAGCUGGAGGUGCUCUAUGAUGCAUAUUACGAGGAACUCGAGCAGUACGCACAUCACCAACAAGACGUCGCUACUUUCUUGCCACAGGCUAAUUAUGGCUAUGCGUCCAGUGCUCCCCAUCCACGCCCGCUAAUGAACACCCACCCACCCCCAGCGCACUACGAAGACGACGAAGACGAGGACGAGUACUCUGACAACGAGGAGGAGGAAGACUAUUCCAACAGCGACAUCUCGUCAGAAGGCGACUACAGCUCGGAAGAACGCAGUCUACCGCCGCCCGAGGCAUCCGACUUUCUCCAGUUUGGUAGUAGUCUGCAAGUCAAAGGUGGCAUCUUGACCGUGGCAGACGACCUGCUGAAGAAUGACGGCAAGAAAUUCAUAGAGAUGAUGGAGCAGCUUGCCGAGCGUAGGAUGCAAAGGGAAGAAGAGGCUUCGUAUCAGGCCCAUCCGAGCAUGUACCGUGCACACAGUGGUCACAAUCACGAAGCUCCACCGCCGCCAGACGAAGAGGACUUUGACGACGAGGGAGACGAGGAGGAGGGCUACGAGGACGACGACUAUGAAGAGGAUGACGAGGAUGAGGAUGACGCGAUGACCGAGGAGCAGCGGAUGGAGGAAGGGAGGCGUAUGUUUCAAAUCUUUGCCGCCCGCAUGUUCGAACAACGCGUACUCCAGGCCUAUCGAGAGAAAGUCGCUGCGGAGAGGCAGCAACGGCUGCUCGAAGAAUUGGCCGAGGAGGAUAUUCGAAAGGAUCAGAAGGAAGCAAAGAAGGCCAAGGAAGCGCAGAAACGGAAAGAGAAGAAGGACAAGCAAAAGCAGCAGAAGGCUGAAGAGAAGGCACGCAAAGACGCUGAACUCGCCGCAAAGGAGGCCGAGCUGAAGGCGGCCGAAGAGAAGCGGCUGGAGGAGCAACGUCGGAAGCGCGAAGAACAGCGGAAGAAGAAGGAGGCGGAGCGAAAGGCCCAAGAAGAGGAGAAGCAGCGGAAAGAAGCAGAGCGCCUGAAGCGUCAACAAGAGGAACGCGAUCGACAGCAGGAGGCCGAGCGGAAAGCACGCGAGCAAAAGGCGCAGGAGAAGAAGCUCAAGGAGGAGGCCAAGCGCAAGGAGCGAGAAGAGCGAGAAUCAAAGGAGAAGGAAGCUCGCGAAAAGAAGGCUCACGAGGAAAACAUGCGCAAGGAUCCAGACGCCAAAGCGAAAGCGGACAGAGAGCGAAUUCGAAAGGAAGAACAGGCGGCCGCUGCAGCCGCUCACAACGCAGUCGCUGGGAGGAAAGCAUCGCAGCCGAUUGCAGUCGCUUUACCUCCGCCUCAACUCCUCAAGCAGAAUUCAUCUACGGGUAUGCCAUCGCCCCACGUCACGCCUGCAGUUCCCAAGGCACCAACACCCAGCAAGCCACGCCAAACUUCCCAGCACGACUCACACGGUUCGUCUCCCAAGACUCCGCAGGUAGCUUCAGGGACAAGCAAGUCCACUUCUCCUGGUUCCCAGACACACAAUCCGAUCAUGCCCAGGUCCAUAUUGACGAAACCGCAAGCCGUGCCACCGCAGGCGCCAUCGCACCAUAAUCAACCGACAUCGCCGCUGCCUCCCAUGGGACUACCACCAGGCAUGCAAGGUCCACCUGGUCUGGGCAUGGGUGGCAUGCCUCCUGGACUCAACGGCUUUCCUGGCCAGGGUCCAAUGAUGCCCGGCAUGAUGGGUCAACGGCAGAGCAUGCCAUUCUUCCCGCAGCCUGGGGUUCAGAAUUUUCGGGGUUUUCCACCGCCAGGGAUGCAUGCGCCCGGCACGAUGCCCAUGGGCCGUGGAUAUUCCAUGGAUGGACCUCCAGGAUUCUCGGCCCCACCGGGAUUCCCAGUUCCUGGACAGAUGCCUUCAGCUUUCGGGAUGAACAUGCCAAGUCACUCUCGACAGCGCUCGGGGUCCUUUGAAAGGCUGGCCAACCUCGACAGCCCACUGGCUGCACCUCAGGCACAGCCUAUCCAACGGCCGGCGCCGAUCCAGCGGCCUUCUAGUGUCAAGCCUCAUGACGCCCAUGGCUCCGAUGUGGACGAUCUGGCGAAUCAUCUAGGCAGCAAGGCUCUCUUGGACGAUGAAGAGGACAUACCUGAGCCCAUGGACCGUCGUGCGAGUGUACAACAGCACGGUAGUCUCCGUGGCGCUUCACCCCUAGCACCCUUUGGCUUUGCAAAUCUAUCUGGCUCGCAAUACGGUUCAUUUGGAGGUCCCAACAGUGGAAACAUCUGGGGCACGCCACCUUUGCAAUCCUUUGGAGCCGCUCAUGCAUGGGCCAACUCGCCAACGUCAAACCUCUUUAGUAACCCGUUUCCACCGGCCCAUCCUCGUGGCCCCAAUGAGCCACGUCUGGUCUGGCUUCGUCGCAUCGUGUGCUCGGCCUGCAAAAACAUUUCGACCCGUGCUCCCACCCAGGACGGCUACGUGGAGGCUGGUGAAGUUCAGCAAUACAUUGACGGGCUGAAGAACCCGAUGGAGCCUGCAGUGUCAUUGGAAGAGAUCAAAGAAGCCUGCGACAUCAUUGACACGACUUCGACCAACGGCGGAGGCACACUUGAAUACAAGGAGGUGGGAGGUCGUCUGUCUUACAUCAAAUUCGUCGACUCACAAGCCCCUCCGCCCUCACUCGGCGAGAUCGGUAGUCCCAUCCCUAGCCACAGCGUGUUGGCUGGCGGAUUUGGAGCGCGCUUCCCCGGCCUCGGACCGCAAGGGUUUUGA